AUGGCUAGCCAUCACCUUGCACCCGACGCGCAAUUUCAACCGAAUCCGUCGGAUGCGAACGACCCCUGCAGGCUUCAGUUGCACUACACCCACCCGGCGAAAGAAUGGGCUCAGUCCCUGCCCGUCGGCAACGGCCGGCUCGGCGCCAUGGUCUAUGGUCGCACUGGCAGCGAACUCGUUCGCCUCAAUGAGGAUUCCGUCUGGUAUGGCGGUCCCCAAGAGCGCAGGCCCCGCGACGCCCUCAAGAAUUUGCCGCUGCUGCGCCAGCUGAUCCGCGAUGGCACGCAUGCCGAGGCAGAAGAGCUCUGUCGCAAUGCCUUCUUCUCUACCCCUGCUAGUAUGCGCCACUACGAGCCCCUCGGUUCUUGCAUGAUCGAGUUCGGGCAUGGCGAGGUUGGCAAGGAGGUUACGGACUACAGGAGACAGCUGGAUCUGCAGAGAUCCGUCGCCUCCACUACCUAUCAGUUCUCGCCUGGAGGGUCUAGCCCGGUCAGUGUCAUGAGGCAUAUGAUCGCAAGUUUCCCAGACGAUGUCCUGGUCUUGCGCAUCGAGGCCAGCCAGAGAAUUCGUUUUCUCAUACGGUUAAACCGAACUAGUGAGUUUGAGUGGGAGACCAACGAGUUCCUGGACAGUAUUGCCGUGGAGAAUCAGGAGAUUAUUCUGCACGCCACGCCAGGCGGUCGAGACAGCAAUCGGCUCUGUAUUGCCCUCGGUGCUCACUGCGACGACGCUGCAUACGGGGGCUCUGUCGGGGCCAUUGGCAGCUGUCUGGUCGUCAACUCGGGUGCCUGCACCAUUGUGAUUGGCUCCCAGACUACGUUUCGGCACACAGAUAUCGAGGUAAGAGCCCGGGCGGACGUCCAGGCUGCACUACGUCGGCCCUGGUCCGAAUUAGUUGCCAGACACGAACAAGACUACAGAGCCCUCUUCGACCGAGUCAGCUUGCAACUGUCCCCCGAUGCCUGUCAGAUCCCGACAGAUGAACGUCUUAACUCGAACCGCGACCCUGGCCUCGUCGCCCUCUUCCACAACUAUGGCCGCUACCUCCUCAUCUCGUGCAGCCGUGACUCUCCCAAGGCACUCCCCGCCAACCUGCAGGGCAUCUGGAACCCGUCCUUUGCGCCGCCAUGGGGCUCGAAAUACACCAUCAACAUCAACCUGCAGAUGAACUACUGGCCGGCCAGUUCGUGCAAUCUGUCUGAGUGUGCCACGCCCGUCGUCUUCCUUCUGGAGCGGAUGGCGGAGAGGGGAGCCCUCACUGCCAGGGAGAUGUACGACUGCCGGGGCUGGUGCGCGCACCACAACACCGACAUCUGGGCCGACACCGACCCCCAGGACAGAUGGAUGCCGUCCACCCUAUGGCCGCUGGGCGGCGCGUGGGUGUGUAUCGACAUGGUGAAGCUCUUGCAGUAUGAGUACAACGCCGAGACCCAUCGGCGACUGCACGCCGUGUUGGAGGGCUGCGUACAGUUCUUGCUGGACUUCCUUAUACCGUCCGCCUGCGGAAACUAUCUUAUCACGAAUCCUUCCCUCAGUCCUGAAAACACCUUCAUUUCCGAGUCUGGUACACUAGGUAUCUUUUGCGAGGGCUCGACGAUGGACAUUAGCAUCGUGCGCGCAGCCUUCGAGCUAUAUCUCUGGAGCACCGACAUCCUCAACAUAGCUGGUCUUAACUCUCAAGUACGAGAAGCCAUCGCCAGAUUACCGCCAGUAAAACUCAAUAGCAAGGGCUUAAUCCAAGAAUGGGGACUGAAAGACUACGGCGAGCACGAACCCGGCCACCGACACGUCUCGCACCUCUUCGGCCUCUACCCUGGCAACGACCUCAACACGCCCGAGCUCCACGAAGCGGCUCGCAGGGUUCUCGCUCGCAGGGCCGCGCACGGCGGCGGACAUACAGGCUGGAGUAGAGCCUGGCUACUGAAUCUUCAUGCUCGGCUGAGUGAUGCUGAGGGCUGCGGCCGGCACAUGGACCUGCUGCUGAGAGACUCGACGCUGCCGAAUCUGCUUGACAACCACCCUCCUUUCCAAAUCGACGGCAACUUUGGCGGUUGCGCCGGCAUCCUUGAAUGCUUAGUGCAGUCGUCGAAGGGUGCGGAUGGUAUGGUGGAGAUCAGGCUGCUUCCGGCCUGCCCGGCUGGCUGGGCUGAUGGCCAGGUCUCGGGUGUGCGUGUGCUCGAUGGGUGGAAUGUUUCAUUCAGCUGGAGGAAUGGAAGGAUAGUCAAGCCGGUCAGUAUCAAGGGGGCGUCACAGAGCGGUAAGAAGGCCGUGGUCAUAUUCGAGGGAGAGAGAUUAGAGAUGUCGGCAUGA